AAGAGGGUGACUCGUCCUGGGUCACAGAGCUGACAGGGCGGGCAGAACAGGUGACAUGCAGGGCUCUCUGAGUUUAUGAGGGCCCAGUCUUGUGUCUGCCUGGCAAUGGGCAAGGCCCCUUCCUGCCCAAGCUCCCCGCCCCUCCCCAACCUAUUGCCUCCGACACCCGCCACCCGAGGCCGACUUCCUGGGUGGGCAGGAACUGGGCCCUGUGCCCAGGGCGUGCACUGCCUCCACGCUGCAACCCUCAGCUGAGCCAAGGAGGAAGAGGGGAUCGGCACUCUGAGGAAAGCCUAGCCACUGCUGCUGCCAGGAAUUCCAGGACAAUGCCAUCUUCUGUCUCAUGGGGCGUCCUCCUGCUGGCAGGCCUGUGCUGCCUGCUCCCCGGCUCUCUGGCUGAGGAUCCCCAGGGAGAUGCUGCCCAGAAGACGGAUACAUCCCACCAUGAUCAGGACCACCCAACCCUCAACAAGAUCACCCCCAGCCUGGCUGAGUUCGGCUUCAGCCUAUACCGCCAGCUGGCACACCAGUCCAACAGCACCAAUAUCUUCUUCUCCCCAGUGAGCAUCGCUACAGCCUUUGCAAUGCUCUCCCUGGGGACCAAGGCUGACACUCACAGUGAAAUCCUGGAGGGCCUGAAUUUCAACCUCACGGAGAUUCCGGAGGCUCAGGUCCAUGAAGGCUUCCAGGAACUCCUCCGUACCCUCAACAAGCCAGACAGCCAGCUCCAGCUGACCACCGGCAACGGCCUGUUCCUCAACAAGAGCCUGAAGGUAGUGGAUAAGUUUUUGGAGGAUGUCAAAAAACUGUACCACUCAGAAGCCUUCUCUGUCAACUUUGAGGACACCGAAGAGGCCAAGAAACAGAUCAACAAUUACGUGGAGAAGGGAACUCAAGGGAAAAUUGUGGAUUUGGUCAAGGAGCUUGACGGAGACACAGUUUUUGCUCUGGUGAAUUACAUCUUCUUUAAAGGCAAAUGGGAGAGACCCUUUGAGGUCGAGGCCACCGAGGAAGAGGACUUCCACGUGGACCAGGCGACCACCGUGAAGGUGCCCAUGAUGAGGCGUUUAGGCAUGUUUAACAUCUACCACUGUGAGAAGCUGUCCAGCUGGGUGCUGCUGAUGAAAUACCUGGGCAAUGCCACCGCCAUCUUCUUCCUGCCUGAUGAGGGGAAACUGCAGCACCUGGAAAAUGAACUCACCCAUGAUAUCAUCACCAAGUUCCUGGAAGAUGAAAACAGAAGGUCUGCCAACUUACAUUUACCCAAACUGGCCAUUACUGGAACCUAUGAUCUGAAGACAGUCCUGGGCCACCUGGGUAUCACUAAGGUCUUCAGCAAUGGGGCUGACCUCUCGGGGGUCACGGAGGAGGCACCCCUGAAGCUCUCCAAGGCCGUGCAUAAGGCUGUGCUGACCAUCGAUGAGAAAGGGACUGAAGCUGCUGGGGCCGUGUUUUUAGAGGCCAUACCCAUGUCUAUUCCCCCCGAGGUCAAGUUCAACAAACCCUUUGUCUUCUUAAUGAUUGAACAAAAUACCAAGUCUCCCCUCUUCAUGGGAAAAGUGGUGAAUCCCACCCAGAAAUAACUGCCUGUCACUCCUCAGCCCCUCCCCUCCAUCCCUGGCCCCCUCCCUGGAUGACAUUAAAGAAAGGUUGAGCUGGUCCCUGCCUGCAUGUGACUGCAAA